CUUCCGGCGGGUGUUUCAUUCUGUAACGCGCAGCGGCGGAUCGGUUGGUUCCGGAGGUUCCGCUGGCCCGGGUUCGGUUCCGAGUGUGGCGAUGGCGGCGCUUCACCCCGGAGACCCGCAGCUGGUGCCGAUGAUCGUCAGUCACCUGAAGACGGAGGGUCUGUUCGAUCAGCUCCGCAGAGACUGUCUGGCGGACGUGGAUACAAAGCCGGCGUAUUUGCACUUACGACAGCGAGUCGAUAACUUCGUGUCCAACCAUCUGGCGAACCACACCUGGAGCCCACAGCUGAACAAGAACCUGCUGAGAAACAGCAUCCGACAGCUGGUCCUGCAGUCCGGGAUGCUGGAGCAGGGAGUGGACAGGAUCGUGGCUCAGGUCGUCGAUCCAAAGGUCCAUCACUCCUUUCGGCCGCAGGUGGAGCGUGUCGUCCGGAAGUUUCUGUCUCCAAACGGCCACGUGGAGGAGGAUGAACUUCCUCCUGUAGCUCCGCCCCUUCCUGCGGAAAACCAGGAAGCUGAACUGCUGACCGCAGAUGACAGAAAUGAUGCCGCUGGGAGCUCCGGCGCUGAUGUUCAGAUCCCAGAGACCAGCGGCACUGACCCGAGCCACGAGCACAAAGAGGAGGAGAUGGACAUCAGCCUCCCCGAGGAGGAGCAGCACACCGCAGAGACGAUGGAGGAGCCGGAGGAACCGCAGCCUGAGGAAGAGGAAGAGGAGGAGAGAAGUGCCGAGCUGAAGAUGAAGGACGAGGGAGACGCGGAGAACAGCAGUAAAUCCUCAGGGAAGAUCAGAGAGGAGAACCGCGACACUGACUCCCAGAAACCCUCCAGCGUCAAACAGAGGACCAGAGAGAGACUGAGAGAAGAGUACUCGCUGGAGGACUCUGAUCUGGAGGGUCUCAGUGACAUCACCGUGAGUUCGGUCCACACCAGCGAUCUGUCCUCGUUCGAGGGAGACAGCGAUGAGGACGAGCCUCCGUCUGAGUCCACCGAGGAGGGAGAGUUCAGCUCUGAGGAUGAGGGAGGGCAGAAGACACCAGCUGGGGAUGACUCGGAGGGCAGCAGGGAGAAGAAGCCCCGCGGUGUGAGACAGGGAUACGUACACAAGCCCUUCCUGUACUCGCGCUACUACAGCGACUCUGAUGACGAGGUGACGGUGGAGCAGCGCAGACGCUCGGUGGCCAAAGACAAAGAGGAGCGCCUGUUGAAGCGGCAGCAGAACCGGGAGCGAAUGGAGGAGAAGCGCAGACUGAGAGCAGCCCAGAAUGAGGAACAGGAUCGGAAGAAACAGGCGACUAUCUUUGCAGAUCAGAGACCCCGAGCUAAAGAGGCUCGAAAAGAGAAGAAGGUCCUGGAGAAGAAAGUGGCUCUGAGCAGACAGAGAAAGAGAGACUCCAGAAAAGAGGAUGAGAGGAAUAAAAGUGACACUGAAGGUGAUUCAGUCAGCAAAGAUGUGAAGCCCGUAGGUCUGAAGUCAGUGCGACGGCCGUCUGAUCUGGAGCAGCAGCAUAGGAAGAUGACAGAUAGUGACGAGAAACUCCCUGACAAAAAACGCAUUCACUCCUUCAUCCUGGACCUGGAGCUGGGAACAGAGGAACGCCGCAAAAACGCUCGGAAAGACUCGCUUUUCAAAGAGAAGGAGAAAGAGCGCGGCGUCCCUGACGAACGACUCAAGCACAAACUCAAGACGGAGAGCAGGAAGAGCGGAGACGCCACAGCCGACGAGAAAGAUGGAGGGACUGCAAAAGGAGCAGCUGACGAGAAGAAGGGGUCAAAGGUCAAGCCAGACAGGAAGAGUUCCGUGUCUUCUCGAGAAAGCAAGACGAGUGUCUCUGAAGCUGCGGAUGAAGGGAACCUGAAGAAAGGAAAGACAGCUGUGAACGAGAAGGAGAAACCGAAGCUGCUCCGGCGUCUGGACUCCACCGGCUCCUCAGAGGAGAGGUCAGAGGUCGAGACGGGUUCAGAGGUCAGCCGGAAGCAAGACAAGCACCCUAAAGAGAUUCUCAAGCGGUCAAGGAGUCACCCGGAGACUAAAGUGGGAGAGAAGCCCAAGGUGCGGAUGGAUAGGAAAGAUUCGUCUGUGGACGAGACUCAUCUGCAGAAAUCCGGCUCGGAAACCGAGAGCGACGUCCGAAAGGCGGAGACGGGGCCGAAGCUCAAAUCCCUAACGGAGAAGCACAAGUCUAAACCCCAGAAUCCCACUGCGGGCAAAUCGGAGAAACAAACGGAAGCCAAGAGUAAACCAGGAACCGCAGAACAGAAGAAAGAGGACAAGAAAACCUCAGAGGAGAAAACGAAGGAUGCAAAGGUUGCGAAGAAAACAACUGAGAAGAUGCAGCAGAAAGAUUCUGAGAGCAAGUCGGGAGGGAAGGAGAGUCCCAGGACUGGAGAACCAGCGGAUCAGACGCAUCUAGUGUUGACUGCACCGGACGACCCUUACGCCGCCCUGAGCGACGUUACUCCCGAUCCUGAGGACGAGGAGGCGGUGCUUAAAGAGCCCCGCCCACUGUCUGCAGAAGCCGGCACCCUCUUGAGCCUGAUGGAUGUCCACACCUCCGCCUCAGAGCUCGCUGUCUGGAGGGAAGCGGAGGCCGAUAGGAAGAUGAAGGAAGCGGCUCUU